GUAAAAUGCUUCGAGCGGAAGUAGUAGCCUUUCGCACAUGCGUGGUACCGAUCAGGUUUCCGGUACGGGUAGUGGUACCCUAAUGUGUGUUUGAAAAAGUUUGGAAUAUAACGAAUACGCUUAACGUUUGCGCUCAAAUACGAUUUUGAGGCAACUGAUUUAAUCCGUCGGCUCACACCGUUUUGACCUCCACUUUUCCCAGGAGAGGGUUUGAUUUUGUAGUGUUUUACAGUUUUAGGGGACCCGGGUCUGCCGCCGUUCUUUGGCUAACGUUAGCUCGUAUCAGCGCUGUCACAUGCGUUCAGCUUUCGCAUGAGAGUUUAACCGACUCCGGUUUAUAGGUCGGUGCCGCAGAGUCUAGGCCGGUUCAGUUUUGACCGUUAUCGCUGCACUCUAGCCAAACAAGAGAGUCUUUGAAUAUGGUGUUUUUCACCUGCAACGCUUGUGGGGAGUCCCUGAAAAAAGCUCAGGUUGAUAAACAUGUAAAUAUCUGCCGGGGCUGCCAGGUCCUGUCCUGUAUUGACUGUGGAAAAGACUUCUGGGGCGAUGACUACAAAACCCACAUUAAAUGCAUCAGUGAAGAUCAGAAGUAUGGAGGCAAAGGCUACGAGGCGAAAACAAACAAAGGAGAUGUGAAACAGCAGCAGUGGAUCCAGAAAGUCCACGAAGCCAUGAACAAACCUGGAGUCAGUGCAAAGCUAAGAGAUGUCCUCCAGCAAGUCAGUACUUACGAUAACGUACCAAGAAAGAAGGCUAAGUUUCAGAACUGGAUGAAAAAUAGUCUCAAAAUACCAAACCCCAGUCUGCAGGAGGAAGUGUGGAAUAUACUUGCUGCAGCUGAUAACGCUUCAGAGCCCCCACAGCCAGCUCAGCAGACAGAGGCUGAAGUCAAAGUACACACUAAUGGAAAAGAAGAGCCGAAUGGCCACCCAAGUGAUGAGGGAGAGAAGAAGAAAAAACUGAACAAACGGGAACGCAAAGAGGCCCGACAGCAGAAGAAUGGGAAAGCUACAAAAGGUGCUGAAAAUACAGUUGCACAAGAGCUGGAGAAAGAAAUGGUGGACAAAAAGAAAAAGGACAGAAAGAGAAAACAGCUCUCUGAAGAACCCAGUGAUGAUGAUAACAGCUAUGGCACUGAAAAUGAGACAUCAAGCAAGAAAACAAAGGUUGAUGAAGAAACUGAGGAUGCUGAUGAUCAAGAGGAGACUGAGGAUCGAGCUGCUACUAAAGGUAAAUUUAACUGGAAGGGGAACAUCAAGGCAGUACUGAGAGAGUCACCUGACCAGGAAAUGUCAGUGAAAAAACUCAGAAAGAAGAUUUUGGCUGCCUACUAUUCCUACACUGGUGAUAGGAAUUUUAAGAAGGAGGAAGAAGUGCUAGCACUUUUCAACAACAAGAUCAACAAAAAUCCAAAGCUUAGAGUUUUGAAAGAUAGAGUUAGACUUGUAAAGUAGACUCCUUUUGACAUAUUGCAUAGAUUUUUUUUUAAUUUCAAAGCCAUCAUUGUCUUAUUGUUGUCUUUUAAUACAGUUGACAUGAUGUUGAAGAUAAAAUGCUUUUACCACCGA